AUGAAGAUCAGCGGCGGAGUAUUGUGUGGAGGAGGUGCUCGCAGCAACGCCGUGCCUCUGUUUCUCAACCACCGCAUUUCUUCUCUUCACAUCUCUUGUUCCUCCAUCUCCGACCAUGUUUCUUUUGUAAAGGAUGUAGCUGCAACUCAACCGCCUCAGCAUCUCUCACAACUCUUGAGUAUCUUGAAAACCAGAGGCGAUACAAUAAUUUCUCCGGGUGCCAAACAGGGUUUAAUCCCCCUUGCUAUUCCCCUCUCACAAAACAGUUCUGGUGCUGUAACUGCGCUGCUGCGAUGGCCUACGGCUCCACCCAAAUUGGAAAUGCCGGUGGUGGAAGUGAGAAAACACGGAGUGUGGCUUUUAGCUAAGACGGUAGACCAAUAUAUUCACAGGAUAUUGGUUGAAGAAGAUGCGAAGGACAGUCAAGAGAGUAACGAAGAACUAUUGAAUGCUUCAGCUGAUGCUGGGGAAAAGCUUUAUAGAAAGGGUGAUUUUGCAGAAUCUGGAAUUUCUAACUUAGAUGGAUAUCUUCUAAAAGAGGUUGGUAUUUUUCCUGAUGUCUUAGAGCGCAAAGUGAAGCGGCAUUUUGAGGAAGGAGAUCAGGUUUCAGCUUUAAUAACGGGGGAAUUUUAUGCAAAGAAGGAGCAUUUUCCAGGAUUUGCACGACCUUUUGUGUUCAAUGCUGAGAUUAUGUUGAGGGUUGGGCGUAAAGUAGAAGCUAAAGAUGCUGCCAGAGGAGCUUUGAAAUCACCAUGGUGGACUCUAGGUUGCAUGUAUCAGGACGUUGCUAAUAUAGCCCAAUGGGACGAUGAGCAAAUUGAGUAUAUUAAAGAGAAAGUGACUGAAGAGGGAAGACAAGAAGAUCUUAAAAAGGGGAAGGCGCCUGCACAGGUUGUACUUGAUGAGGCAGCUUUCUUGUUAGAUUUGGCUUCUAUAGAAGGAAAUUGGGACGAUUAUUUGGAACAGAUAGCCAAAAAUUAUGAGGAAGCAGGACUCAACGAUAUUGCAAAAUUCAUUCUUUAUAAAUCAUAA